GUCCAAGAAAAGGAAGAAGAAGAAUAUUUUGCAGAAGUCAGAGCUGCCAGUAUGAUGAUGUCAGAAGAGAUUAAACACGAGAACGUACCAGUGAGGAUCUCCAGCGGUCCAGAGAUACAGCACGUCGAUGAGGCGUGGAGGGAAAUGGAGCCGGAUGUGUAUCGGUGCUCCCGGUGUGGGAAGAGCUUUAGCGAUCUGGGAAUAUUGGAUACGCACUGCUGCGUUGACGCAGGAGAGAAACCGUAUUACUGCUCCGAGUGCGGCAAGAGAUUUCUCGAGCGCCGACACCUGGAGCGACACCAGCGAAUCCACACGGGAGAGAAACCGUAUCGCUGCUCGCACUGUGGGAAGAGUUUCACCCGAGAAGACACUCUGCAGCAACACCAGCGCCUUCACACCGGAGAGAAGCCGUAUCGCUGUUCGGAGUGCGGGAAUAGUUUUACACAGCAAAGUACUUUCCAGUUACACCAGCGCGUUCACACGGGAGUGAAGCCCUACGCGUGCCUGCAGUGCGGGAAGAGUUUCAGGCGGCAGGACACGCUCCAGCAGCAUCAGCGCAUUCACACUGGCGAGAAGCCCUACCACUGUUCUGAGUGCGGGAAGAGUUUCAGACAGCAGAGUCAUCUGCAGUUGCAUCAGCGCAUUCACACUGGAGAAAAACCUUAUCGGUGUUUGUAUUGUCCGAAGAGCUUUAGCGAUAGUCGGAAUCUGAAGACGCACCAUCACGUACACACUGGAGAGAAACCGUAUCAUUGUUCACAUUGUGGACUGAGCUUCACUUAUUCCAGCGUCUAUAAGACACACAAGUGUGUUACGGCAUAGGCGUCGCACUUAAAUCUGUCAAGUCAAGAAGUGUAGCUAUUACUGUAUUUCACAAGUUUUGCCUUUCAUAUCACACUUGUGCUGAGCCUCAAUGCAUGUUGAUGAGGUAAGACACAGCAAAGCCCAGUUUAAUGGUCUGGUGUGGGUAAAAAAAAGAGGAUUACUAUGUAAACACAUACACAGCAUGUCCAAAAUUGUGUGCACACUUGCCAUCAAACUCCAGGAGUUUAGUUAAUUUUCUUCAAGCAAUGAAUACAGUACCCUCUUCCUUGCUUGGAGAUGAGUACAGUACUCUUUUGCUCAUAGUAUUGUUCAGUAUUGUUCUCUUCUUCAUGAGAGAGAGUGUACUGUACUCCUUAACAGGUGGAGGACCUGACGACCAGUAUUGUGUGAGUUAAUCCUUUUGCCCUUAAUCUCUAGGGUUCACUAAAAAUUAAUUUUGGUGCAGGGUUGUAAAUCCUGCCUAGGGCUUCCUAGCUCAAGUUGGCACUUCAUCCUGCCUGCAUGUCCUGUCCUUAGAUAGUAGAGCAUCUUCUCAUAUUAUUAAGAACUUCUUGCUUUUGGUGCACCACUAUGGUCAAAAACAUUGAACCUAAACUAGCAACCACCGUAAACACACUGUCCUACUGCACUGUGAUAGUAUGGUUGCGAUGUAAGUGAUCUUACCUGCCCCCUUUUUCGGACGCAAAAACAUUCUAGUCCCAAUGGACUGCAAAUUUCUCCUCCCACUCAUCUUGGUAUGCCUCUAUUCCACGAGUUUGUGGUUUAGCCUCACUGUAAUCAACCUUGUCAGACAAAUUUGUUGUCAUAUUUUUUGUGGUGAAUCCUCGCCACGAUGAUAGUGUAGUUAGUAGUAGCUGACAUGUACACGUGCCUGCUGUCGUUCAUUUGCAUCUGGCCAUCUGAUUGGUUCUGUCUCGAACAGGAGCCAAUUAGCAUCGCUGUAACUGCCAGGUGUGAUUUUCUUCUUCGUAAAAACUUUGCCAUGAUUUGGGUUUUUCUGUCGCUUCCUGACUUCUGAAUAAAUUAUGCACUGGAAAUCUGUACACAGACGUACAGGAACAGUUUUAGAAGCGUCCUCUAACAAUGUUGCGGUGUUGGGCAGGGCGUAAUCGAACAACCAUGAAAAAUAUAGAAACUUGUGGUACUCUUUCUAUAGUACAAAAUCACUUCGUAUUUUAAAUUCUGCAUAAGUUUUUAUGCUUCGUACUUCGUACAAAAUCUCACAAUUACGCAUGUUAUCUAAACCCCUGGACUCGCAUGUGCUACGUCGAACAUCCUAAUUCCACAUUUAUUUCCUAUAACUUAUAACUCCUAUAAUACUCCACAAGAUGUUCUUCCAUUUCCUUGACCUCCACACCAUGUCUUCACUGAGCUGUGUGCUUUGUGCACAGGAACAUUGUCAUGCUGGAACAGUGUUUGCUUGUGUGCACUUUCUCACCUUAGUCUCAGACGUCACGCCCACAAACCUUCGACUGAACCGAAUGGUACACGAAUACGACACGGAAAACUUCAGGAGCCGUUGUCGGAUUUUUGGAUUUCCGAGAGACAGACUGCCUUGAAACAAACUUCCCUCGACUUCUCUCAUGGAAGAAGAAAGCUGUCUUGUACAGAACUGACAAUAAACGCUCAUGAGGGUCAGAUAAACACUGGCUUUUCCAAAUGAUGUGAAUUCACAGACUCAUUACUUUGCACGACUUUCUCAAACGAACAAUCUACGGUUGCUCGCCGGUCUGUUGGUCUGUUUUUAAAGAGACUUUACAUUUUUACACCCUUAAACAUGACACUGAACAAAACAAACUGUGAUUGGUUACUUUAUAUCAGUCAGGAGCCUUUGGUCUGAAGGUCUAUUUUCACCCCAAUGCUGUUAAUGCAGCUUCACCUGCAAAUACACGCCCCUUAUAUAAGAAACCAAAUGGAGCUCAAACCAACUGGUUUAAUAUUAUUGUGAAUGUGUCACGGUGGAGAGCCGAACUCUUAGUCCCUCAGAUACUUUAAAUGAGAGCAACAAUGAAAGAGGAGUAAAAAAAAAAAGAAAAAAUUUUUUUUUUAUUUUGUCAGAUGACAAACAUCUGUGAUUUUUGGUACAGCUUAGAUACAGAAAUCCAAAACAAAAUCCUUCACAACUGGAAGUGAUUACAUUGAAGAAAUUGCCACAGGGAGUCAUUUAGCUGUCAUUUGCCAUAGCCCUAACUCCCCAAAGAUCUAGUAGACCAGGGGUGUCAAACUGGGACAAAAUAUAAAACUGAGAUAAAGUCACGGGCAAAACUGAUUAUUUAUUGAAAAAUGAACUGCAAUUAACUGAUAUGUAAUGUUCAACCUUUUUCAUAUGGAAAC